CGAAUCCUUUCUCCCUUCCCUCCUUCCCCCUCUCUUUUUCCUUAUAUGAUCUGCUGAUUCCCAUCCACAAACCAGCUGAAGGUAUACACAGCAAACAAAGGAAAAAAGCAAACAUGAGUAUCCUACGGCCGACUCCUCCGGACACCCAAUUGCACGCAGAAUUGAAGACUACAGCGGCGGAUAGGCUUCCCACAAGUCGAGAACUUGGAGUAGUAGUACCAGAACCGGGAUCCAGAGAAGCAAUUCAAAAAGUUGAGUGGAAACCAUGGGCGCAUUUUGUUGCCGGGGCGGCAGGAGGAAUGACGUCCACGUUUUUGACAUCACCGUUAGAUGUAGUCAAGACGAGACUCCAGAGUGACUUUUACAAGCAGCAUUUAGCGAGCGCUAGAGCGACUGCGGGAGUCGACAUACACCGGGGGGGAAUACUCAGGCAGGGUACUAGGCAUAUUCAAGAAACCUUCCAGAUACUCUUCGACGUACAUAAAGUCGAAGGGUGGCGCGCACUGUUUAAAGGAUUGGGGCCAAACCUGAGCGGCGUUGUCCCCGCGAGGGCGAUAAAUUUUGCAACCUACGGCAAUGGCAAACGCGUAAUAGCAAACAACUUUAACCAUGGCCAGGAAUCCACCUGGGUCCACCUCUGUGCAGCAGCCUGCGCCGGCGUCGUAACAGGUACUGCAACAAACCCCAUCUGGCUUGUUAAGACUCGACUCCAACUCGACAGAGAAAGCGCCGGCGCGGGCGGCCGCACAAGGCAAUACAAAAACUCCCUCGAUUGCGUCCGACAAGUUCUCCGCGAGGAAGGCUUCCGCGGCUUAUACAGGGGAUUAUCGGCGAGUUACCUCGGCGUGACGGAGAGCACGCUGCAGUGGGUGCUGUACGAGAAGAUGAAGACCUACCUUGCCGCUAGGAAGGAGAGGGUUUUGGUCAGCGGGCGGCCGGAAACGGCUUGGGAUAACCUUGUGGACUGGGGCGGGAAGCUGGGGGCUGCUGGAUCGGCGAAGUUGCUAGCGGCGGUUUUAACGUAUCCGCAUGAGGUUGUGAGGACCAGGUUGAGGCAGAGGCCUGUUGGCGGGGGGAAACUAAAGUAUACGGGACUUGUGCAAUGUUUCAGGCUUAUCUGGAAGGAGGAGGGACUUAUCUCAAUGUAUGGGGGGUUGAGUCCGCACCUGCUCCGAGUUGUACCCUCCGCUGCCAUCAUGUUCGGAAUUUACGAAACGAUACUUAGAUUAUUCGGCGAAUCUGCUUAAACUUCACUAUACUCGACUCAUCUCAACCUCACCCAACAAUCUACCAACCAAUCACUUAUUGCUUGCCGCUACUAAUACUACUACUACUCCCCCGAGCCUCUAUUUAGACCACCACCUCACCGUCAUCAUCAUUCUUAUUGUCGCCAUCAUCACCACCUGCUGCUACUUAGGCUCGUUUUUCCCUUGUCAAUGACCGCAACCAACCGAAACGCACCAAUUGGCGCCAGGCGCCCAACCCUGGGUGAUAUGCCAAAAACACGAAACCGGGAGCGGGGGAAUUCCUUAUAAAUAAACAAAAACUCUCCCUCUCAAAAAGGAGAGGAGACACCAAUCUGUAUAUAAAACCUAGCUGUGGUAUACUUUUUU